GCUUUACACGUAAUAGGGGAAAAUGGCGGUGUGUGUUCUGUUGCGCUGUGCUUCUGCAAACUUAACUCAGGCUCUUCCCCGACUUUCGCCUUCAAAUGUUGCGUCUCCUGCUCGGCUGUUGGCGAGAACAUGUUUUAAAAGGAACCUGACAGUCACUCCCCGCUUUUGUUCAGCAUUGAAGUAUACAGACAAGCAUGAGUGGGUACGAGUGGAGGAUGGCGUGGGCACUGUUGGCAUCAGUAACUUUGCUCAGGAGGCCUUAGGCGAUGUGGUCUACUGUGGUCUGCCUGAAGUUGGCACAAAGCUCUCUCAAUCAGAUGAGUUUGGUGCUCUGGAGAGUGUGAAGGCAGCUAGUGAACUAUAUUCCCCUUUAACUGGCGAGGUGACAGAGGUCAACCAUGCCCUUUCUGAGAAUCCCGGACUGGUCAACAAGUCUUGCUACAAAGAUGGCUGGCUGAUAAAAAUGACUAUAUCUGUACCAGAAGAACUGGAUGCCCUAAUGGAUGAAGCUGCUUACGAGAGAUAUAUCAGAUCUAUAGAGGACUAGUGGCUGUUUAGAACAGUGUGUGCAGGAGUUUUACAUGUGCAUGAGUUCUCCUUUGGGUGAACAGGAAAAAGACAUGGUCAAUUGUGGACUGGCCAUUUCGUCACUACUGAUUCCUCUGAUUAGACCUACUUUCUGCUUUUGUUUAGAUAGUGUAGAUCUAACACAGAACAACUGUCAGCCCCUACAUAGUCUCGCACAGAGCAUGGAGGGGACUACUGGGAAAAACUGGUGCAACUGCGCACUUUUUUUUGACUAUUUAAUGUUUUAUUUUAGAUAUAUUAGGGACUUUAAGGCAGCCACAAUAACUGUUUAUCCAAUGUAGAAGGAAUCAGUACAGUAUUCCAUUGUGUGGUCAUGAUCGUCAGUGGCAUGUUGUGAGAGUUAAGUCUUGUGAAAUGAAUGGGGGUACAUGACAAAGUAGAGUUGGGUAUGCAGAUGACCACUUUUUUGAUUAUUAGUUUGUCUGAAAGACAGAUCCUGUUGAGGAAGAGCUAUGUCUGCCAUGUGUCUGUGUUGGUGACCAAAGGUUGAGCUGACCCUUGUUCAUUCAGGUUUGAAGUCAGCAGCUGAUAGGUGGAGAUUAACACUUAUUAAAAGACUACCUAAUUUCUCAAA